UGCAGCUCCGUAUACCGAUGUCCUUUUACUAAAACAACACAUCUCACAGCCCCCCGCCCCGGUACCAUGAUCACAAGAAGACUCGCAUCCACUGUCUCUGUCCCUCCCGAGACCAAGUCUCCUCGCAAGAUUGUCCUAGUAGGAGCCGGUUUUCUCGGAUCGUACGUCGUCAAAGCCUUGAUUGCAGAUCCCCGUAACCGAAUCCAGAUUGUAUCUCGUCACCCUCAAUCUCUCCAUUCCAAACUGUCUACUUUGGGAGCCCAGAUCCUCCCCCCCGCCUCGGUGGACAUCACCUCGCCUUCCUCCACCUCGGAACUGCGCAAAGCCUUCAAGGGGGCUUCCGCCGUCGUUUCCUUGGCGGGCUUGUUGGUGGGGAGCGACAAGCAGAUGAAGGCGCUGCAGGAAGAUGGGGCGAGGAGGGUUGGGGAAGCUGCUAGUGAGGAAGGUGUAGGCAGGGUGGUUGGCGUGAGUGCCAUUGGGGCUGACCUGCGAGGUGUAACUGCCUAUUGGAGGACCAAGGCGAAAGGGGAAGAUGCUAUACGUGAAUACCAUCCGACUGCAACGAUCAUUCGUCCUUCACUCCUCUUCGGUCCCGGCGACUCUUUCUUCUCGCGCUUUGCAACCUUGGCAAAGUACCUCCCUUUCCUCCCAGUCUUUGGAGGCGGUAUCACUCGAUUCCAGCCGGUAUAUGUAGGGGACGUUGCACGGGCGGUCGAGAUAUGUUGUCGUGACGAUCCGAUUGUUGUCAGUCAAGUGGCUGGACGUAUCAUUGAAGCUGGCGGACCGGACAUCUUCACUUACCGCGAGAUGAUGGAGCUCGUGCUUCGCUAUACCCACCUUGAAGGUCGUCGAGCGAUCAUCUCUUUACCCUACUGGCUAGGCAGCGUGCAAGGGUUCUUUCUGGAAAAGUUGCCUGAAACAAUGUUCACCGUCACGCGAGAUCAAGUGAAGCAGCUACGGAACGAUAAUAUUGUAUCGCCCCAUCCACCCAUGUUUGCUCAGAAUUUUGAGGAUUUGCUGAAAGCGUUUCCAAGUUCGGCACCGAGCAGUGCGCCCCCUGGGGAUGCGGGGUUGCAAAGCGUAUACGACAUUUUGCCUACUUAUUUGGGGGUUGGGAAGAGGGAGGAGGGUAAGAGGACGCAUGGCCGGAAAAGUGCGAGUUUGGACGAGGUGAAGGGGAUGGGGAAGCGGUAGUGUCAGGGCUUGUACAUGUUUACUGCAGUUUAUGCAUUAUGGGAUGUA